AUGGCGGACUCUGAGGUACUCGUUCCGACAGUCUUCAUAUCCUCUGAGAACUCUGCUCCCAUCUAUGUAUACCCAGUAAAUCCCACCUCGACAAAUACUCCGGGCCGAACCAAGCGGAGGCAGGUCAAAGUGGCCUGUACAAAUUGCCAACGAGCGUGCAAAAAGUGCGAUGAGGCUCGUCCAUGCCUUCGUUGCGUCAAGUAUAGUAUUCCUCAUGCCUGUGUCGAUGCCAAACGAAAAGCUAGAAAAAAGGGUCUCAAAAGAGGUCCUUACAAGAAGAAUAAAGACAAAAAUCGUCCGAUAAACAGUCAAUCCCUGGCUACUGAGCCUGUAUCUGCACCUUUGCCAGAUCCAAAGGUUCAAGAAACACCCGCGACAUCAAGUCCUGAAGCUCUGGCAGUCCCAGAGCGUGUUGAUUAUCCACCAAUCUAUCAACAUCUCUCCUCAACUCCUCAGCUCCUCCCAGGUUUUCAUCAGAAAGAACAUUAUUAUCAAAGUUUACACUACAUUCCACCUUUCCAUCAUCAACAUCGAUUCGCUCAUCCUAGUGCUGAGCAUCUCGAGCCGGUAUAUUCACACCAGCAGGGGCAGGCCUCAUAUCACCAACCUACAUUCCAAGUCCAGCCCGUGUAUGAGUCCCAUCCCCCGUAUAACCCCCCUCAUUACAUCGUCAACCAUCCUAUCAUGGUCCACCCGUUUAGCUAUCCAUACCCUUCACAACCUGUUCACGAAUCUACAUGA